UAGACCCCCCGAUCGCCCCACGUGCGGGACAACCCCCCCCCCAUAGACCCCAACGUGCGGGGAGGCUGUUUGCCCGCCGCUGUCUCGGAGGAUGAAGCGGCUGAGCGAGGAGAGCUGGUCGGGCUCGGAGUCGGACGGGACCAUAGACGUGGGCAAAGAGGAGGAAUACAGCCAAGUAUCCAGGGCUGUUUCUCCCACCACCACAUCUCAGAUACAAGCCAGGAAGAAGCGGAGAGGGAUCAUUGAGAAACGGCGCCGUGACCGUAUUAACAGCAGCCUGUCUGAACUGCGGCGUUUAGUCCCCACUGCCUUUGAGAAGCAGGGCUCCUCCAAGCUGGAGAAGGCAGAGAUCCUGCAAAUGACAGUGGACCAUUUAAAAAUGCUUCAUGCCACUGGAGGAACAGGGUUCUUAGAUGCCCGAGCCCUGGCUGUGGAUUACAGGAGUAUCGGCUUCCGUGAAUGCCUCACUGAAGUUGUCAGAUACCUUGGUAUCCUUGAGGAACAAAACGGUGCUGAUCCUAUCCGGCUACGACUCCUCUCCCACCUGAAUAAUUAUGUUGCUGAAAUGGAGCCUUCGCCUAUGGCCACUUCCCUUCUGCCCUUUCAGAUGUGGCCCUGGUCAUUCCUCCACAAUUCCACAGCCCCCGCCAAUCAAGUACUAAUACCCAGGAGGGAGGUUGUCCCGGGUCUAGCUGUCUUGACUGCUUCCCCCCUGGCUUAUCCAAGUACCACCAUGAGAAGGGCUCCCGUUCGCCGAAUUCCUAGUGCCAUCAUGCCAGCCCGCCGAAACUUCAUGUCCAAUAGGAUGGCCUCUUCGUCCCGGAGGGCUAGACCCACAGUGACAUCAACAACCCCAUGUGCCAUGUCCAGUGUGCCAUCAGCAAGUGGUGCCCUGAGAGAUGCCACCUCUAGGAGCAGCCAGAUUGCAACGUUCCUGCUCUCCUCCACCUCUCCUGGAGUUCCCAUACCACCUGCUUCUUACACAGCUCCUCCUGCUUUGAAUGAUUCUCCCCAGGGGCCAGGGACCAGAGGUGGAACUUCCAGACUCUGCCGCUCCUGGGCUACUGAAAUUGGGGCUUUCUGAUCCCUCCCUGACAAAAUCCUAAUGGAGACAAAAAUCGUCAGCAGCCACUGCUCAGAAAGCAUGCUUCGAUGAACAGCUUCUUUCCUGCUUUGCAGAAAUAAAGGAUCCUCUCCUCACCUUGCCAUCCCUUCUUAUUCCUCACGUCAUCUUCCCUCCCUCCCCAUCACACUGUCUCCCUCUUUUCCAUUUCAGGUUUGCAGAUUUUUUAUUGAACUGAAUGUAUUUGUCUGUGUACAGCUCCGCUAAAGGUUAUGGGUGAGGUUUAUACACAGAUCCUAAUUCAGACCUUUCCCUUCCCCAGCCCAGGCCCUGGUAGAGCUGACUGUUGCAGUCUGAAAAAUGUACACCAGCCUUGGCACUGAUUUGACUUUGCUGGAGACACAGAGCUCCCAAGCAGUGACACUUUCUAACACUUGUAUGCAGUGGUGUUGUAGCCAUGAAGGUCCCAGAAUGUUAGCAAGACAAGAUGGGGGAGGGAAUAUCUUUUAUUGGACCAACUUCUGUUGGUGACCAAGACAAGCUUUCCAUCUUAUACAGAGCUCUUCCUCAGGCCAGCCCUGAAGAAGAAUUCUGUGUCAGCUCGAAAGCUUGUCUCUCUCACCAACAGAAGUUGGUCCAAUAAAAGAUAUUCCCUCCUGCACCUUGACUUUCAAACAUUGACUUCCUCCUAGCUUCAGCAUGUUGUUUGACACGAUCUAAGUGAGGUGAGACAUGUCGGCGAGUAAUAGAGACAAUCUACCACACGCACACAAACUGUCCUUUGAUAACUGAACCCAACCCCCAUCAGGAUUGCCGUAAACAGUCAGGAGACUUGGGAGGUUCCUCUCCGUUGGCCAGCCCCAUUCUGUUGAUCUCUAAAAAUGGAGAGCUUGACAUUAUGCGUAACAAGCUGAUUCAAAACCACAGAAUCCUGAGGGACGACUUGGCUGAAAACGUAACAGUUCCCCAUCUCCCUCUGAACUGACACCCUGUGAUACCCAGUACGCAUUCCUGCUGCAAAGAAUUAUCCCAGCACAGGACUUCCUGUACUUAAGACCUCAAUACUAUGUGCAGUCCACAUUUUCAUUUCCCGUGGCUCGGCUUUCACCUAAAACCAGGGCCUUCCCAAGUGUCACUAGCGAACUUGAUUUACGGAAACAUUUGCCUGAUCCUGUGCUUAGAUCAAUGCAGUUAUCAGAAUGUUUUCAGGAGGGAGUAUUAGACAUUACUGUGCAAAAUGCCUUUGCCAGCUGCUGUUUGGGAUUCCCUAUGUAGAUAAUUCAGAUGUCUGUGAGAGAGACAGACCUUGCUCAUCCAGUGAAGCAUUACAGAGUAAGGGAGCAGGUUUCCAAAGUGACACCUGUCAUGGAGGGGAGGACUUGGGAGCUGAACUACGAGGGAAAAGGAUACCCUUCCUUCUCUCUUCCCCUCUUCAGCCAUCAAUCCUCCCUCCCCAUAUGAAAAUACAUUACCAUAAAGGGAAGAGUGGAAGAAAGCAUCCUUUACCCCAGGCUCCUCCUUUGUUUUCACCAACUUCCAGAUCCUUAAUUAAAUUUUCUAGCCUGUUCCGCCAGGCCCACCUCUACCCUUUUUCUUUAUCGCCAUGUUCUCUGCAUGGACUUGAUCCCAAACCCACUGAAGUCAAUGGCAGUCUUUCCACUGACUUCAUGGGCUUUUGACCAGCCCCUAGAAUGUCCUCUGUCUCUUGAAAGCUUUCUCUGCCUUUGUCUUCUCUCUGUGUGAUCCGAUAUAAAUGCCAAGGAUGAUGAUUAUUAUUUGGUUCCUUCUGCAAUCAGCUGAGAAGCGGCAGUAGUAAGAGAGUGCUCAGCAGUUGCCCGAAUGGGUGUAGGAAAUGCUGUUUAUAUAAAACAGAAGCAUAGGAAGGGCAGUUGGUGUGAUCUGGUGAUCAGAUGGCCAUGGAGUCUAUGAGAACCAGGGCCUGUUUCCACAGAAGGGGUUGGGAGACUAGAACAGUUCCUCCCAACCAAGACAUCUGGCCACCCUAGCCACAGGCUGUCUAUUGCCCCGGUGCACUUCUCUUGGCAUUAUUAUUUUAUAUAACAUAUAAGAAGGCAGUAUACCUCCACUUAAACCAACGCAAGACCCCUCUUCCCUGAACCUGUGUUUUUAUUUUCUUGGAUUUAUGCAGAAGCUGGCAUUGGUCCAGUUGAAUACCCUCUAAUUGCAUCAACGUGACCCUUGCCUGAGUCAGUGGUGCCAUGCCAGGAAGGGCAAAGCAGAGAAAGGAACAAAGGGGGAACAGUGAGUAGUGUCUUUUUAUGUAACAGACCCUCCCCAUCCCAGACGUCAAGCAAGUGGCCAGUUGUGUAUUGAACUGGUGGCUCAGCAGUGGCAUUGAUACAGCUGUGUAUCUGACAUACGUAUGUUAAAUGUAUAUGGGUCAGACAGACUUGUUUUGGAAGUGAGUCCCUCCUGAUUGCUCUCAAUACACAUAAAUGCCCCUGGCCCCCGGUACUUGUCCUCACUCAUUUCCUGAGGUGGCAGAGUCAAUCAGGAAUGCAAUAUUCCAGUUCGGAGAAGUUCCCUGUGGACUGGUUGUUUCUGGAGCUAGUCUGUGCCUUAGAGCCCAUACUUUGCACUGCGCAGAGCUGUUAACAUUGUGAGCUGUCAGACAUCCAGCAAAAGGUGUCAAAUAAAGUCUUCCAAACCCAUGUCAUGGUUGUGAAA